GUAGCUAGGUAUUUCCUGUCACCUGCUUGGGUUCAGCCUAGUCUAGCCAAGGCCUCCCCCAUUUGCCUUCACACCUACCUACAGAAGGCUGGCUGACUAAAGGUUCCUUUCUCAGGUUGCUCUGACCCCAUCAAUUGGACGACCCCAACAGGACCCAACAGGACCUCUGAGAACAAAAUGACGACCCCAAGAAAUUCAGUCAACGGAACUUUCCCGGCUGAUUCCAUAAAGGGCCCCAGCACCACACAGCCAGGCCAAAAGACGGUCCUCAGGAGAGGGUCCCUGUUACAAAGUCCCACCUUGCAAAGUUUCUUCAGGAGAGAAUCCAAAGCUCUUGGGGCUGUCCAGAUCAUGAUUGGCCUGUUCCACUUUGGACUGGGGGGGAUUCUGCUGAUGGUGCCCGUGGGCACAUAUGCCGCCAUCUGUGUGGCAGUGUGGUACCCUUUCUGGGGAGGCAUUAUCUACAUCACCUCGGGAUCAUUCUUGGUGGCAGCUGAGAAAACUUCCAGAAGUUGCCUGGUCAACACGAGGCUAGGAAUGAAUGCAAUAAGCCUGUUCUCUUCCAUCUCCGGGAUGAUUCUUCUAAUCAUGGACAUAUUUAAUCUCACUGUUUCUCAUUUUCUAAAACUGCCAAGUCUGAAUCUUGUUCAAACGGCCAAACUAAAUGUCAACAUAUUCAGCUGUGAGCAAAAUGACCCACCUGGGCAAAGCACUGACAUGCAGCAGUACUGUCUCACUGUGAAGCCUCUCUUCUUGGGAAUUUUGGCCAUCAUGCUGAUUUUCACUUUUCUCCAGAACCUCCUGGUAGCGUGCAUUGCAGAGGAUGAAUGGAAAACUCUCUGCUCUGGUACCCAAACAGGUGUGCUUCUCCUAUCUGCAGAAGAAAGGAAGGAGCAGGUAGUCCAGCUAACUGUGGAGCCCUCCCAACCAAAGGAUGAGGAAGAAAUGGAAACUCUCCCUGCUCAAGAAGAAGAGAAAGAGGCACACUUCCCAGAUCCCCCCCAGGAAAGCUCACCUCCAGAGGAUGACUCAGGCUCCCCCUGAGUGGGCUGCUUGGCUCCCCCUCUCUCCCUGCCACUCUCCUCCACAUCUGUGCCACUCCCUGCGCCUCCCUCCAGCUUCCGAGUUUGUAUGGAGGAACUCAAAUCCUUCUCCAUUUCCCUAUAGGUAGAAAAAUCUGCCUUUGUGCCUUACUUAAAGAAAGGCAACAGCUAGAGAAUAAGCUUUUUGAACAUUUAUCCCACUAAAGCUGAUUUCUGUUUAGGUCCACAUUGGCCAAGACUUCUGAAGUCCAUUUCAGCUCUGAGAUUCAGUGAUGCUAGGAUUGCCUUUACCUGGGAUAGAGGUUCUUAUUUACAUGAAAAAGCUCAAUUUUCUCCCACUUCCCUAAUGGGAAGAGAAAAGGGCUGCCUCUGUCCCACUCCUCACAUUUCUCCCAUUCACUGCACAAGCAAUUUGUCACAUCAAGGUUGCUUCCAAGGAAGAGCUGGAAGGAUUGGCCUGUUAGCUUUUUCUGUGAACUCCUGCUCUUGGUCACAUUUCCUGGGGUCUUGCACAAUACAUUCUAAAUGGAUGAGACCUUAAUAGUAAAGAUCAUUGUUGCUGUUCAA